AUGCCAGCCGUGGACGUGGCAGUCGCCGCCGACGCGGAGCUGCCGGCAACCGAAGCGUCGCCCAAGAUACAGGCGGCGCCGGCCAAGAGGAAGGCGGCGCGCCGUGGCCGCCCGCGCAAGAACCCAGAGCCCGAGUCCUCGACCGACGACGACGACGACGAAGAGGACGUGUUUGCGCUCUUUGCCGAGAAGAGCAAGCUGCUAAGCGACGACGUCAAAAAGCGGUACGGCGAAGUUGUCUGGGCGCGCAUGCGGGGCUUUCCGUACUGGCCGGGUCAUAUUUGCGACCCCUCGAUUCUGGACGCCGACUCGAUGAAGCGAUUCCUGCCUCGCAUCGAGACGAGCUACUGGGUCUACUUUUACGAGGCCCACAACAGCACGGCGAUUUCGUACGCGGACAUUGUGCCCUGGGACGACACGACCAACGACUACCGCGAUCCUCGCGGGUACCCGCCCAAGAAGACCGUCAAGCGCGUCAAGAACCUCGUGGAGGCCGUGGCGCUGGGCGACGCCGAAGUCGUCUUGCCGGUUGAAGACCGCAUCAAGUGGAUCAAGGAAAACCUGAACAAGCCGCCGGCCAAAGCGUCCAAGGCCAAGCGACCUCGGACGACGACGGACUCGGACGUUAGCCCCAAGAAACCGGCCAACAAGAAGCCGAAAACGUCGGCUGCCAAUGUGAAGGAGGCCGCACUGGCGGUGGACGUGACCGAGUCGGACGGGCCCAAGGCCAAGCGCGCGCGGGCGACCAAGGACGCCAUUGCCGCCGUCGAGCUGCCACUCAUGCGCAAGGAAGACAAGCUGAGCAAGGACGUCGAGCGCAUGCUGAAGAAGGCGGAAAAAGCUGCGGUCGCUGCUGAGAAGAAGAAGGCUAAAGCCGCCGAGCCCGCUGCCACCAAAGACAAGCCAGCGGCCAAAGACAAGCCAGCCGCCAAGGACAAGCCAGCGGCCAAGGACAAGCCAGCGGCCAAGGACAAGCCGGCGUCCAAGAAGGCAGCAGCAGCCAAGGAGAAGGCCAAAGCUGGGGACGACAAGCCGAUCGACGACGAGUUGGAAGAAGCGAAACGCUGUGCAAAAAAGCUCCAGCGCUGCGCGCGCGAAGACUCGGCAGACGCCAAUACAACAGCGCUUGCCAUCAUGAACUCGCUCAUCGCGUCCGAGAAGCCCAUGACGCUGGACGUCCUGCGCGGCUCGCAGCUGCCCGCGGCCGUCAACGCGCUUCGAGCCAGCGUCAACCCAAACGUGGCCAAGACGGCCAGCGCCCUUCGCAAGCUCCUGAUGCAGCGCGCUGGUGUGCCAAAGAAGGAAAAAGCCAAGUCGUCGUCGCCCGAGGCUGAACCGGCCGUUGAGCCCACUGCGGGCAACUCGCCCGCCGACGGCACGCCGCCACCGACAGAGGCGACCGAGGAAGCGCCUCGCGAGAGCACGCCUCUGGACGCGUCAUUGGAGGCCGUCGAGACGCCUGCCGAGAUGACACCGCCGACGCCGGCCAAGCCCGAGUGCCCGCACCGCCAAGUUGUGCGCCAGCUCUUGCAGCGCGUGCUGCCAAAGCCGUUGCUGUGUACAGAGAUCGAGUUAGCGCUCUACGAUCGGUUCAGCGACACGACCGAAGAGUACAAGUCGCAAGCGCGGACCGUCGUCUUUGGUCUCGAGACGCACAAGGUGUGCCGUCAAAAGGUGCUCUCGGGCUCCCUCCCCGUGCUCGAGCUCGCAUUCGCGACCGACGAGAUGUUUGCCCAGUUGGACAAGUCGGCGUUUCUGCACAAGUAGUAUACGCAACCCAUGAGCUUUCCCACUUGCUUACUUGGUGCCGC